GCCGCCGCCGCGGGCCCUGGGGAUCCGAAGAGGAAGGGCGGCCCAGGCCCCACACUCAGCUUCGUGGGCAAACGCAGAGGCGGGAACAAACUAGCCCUCAAGACGGGAAUAGUAGCCAAGAAGCAGAAGACGGAGGAUGAGGUAUUAACAAGUAAAGGUGAUGCAUGGGCCAAGUACAUGGCAGAAGUGAAAAAGUACAAAGCUCACCAGUGUGGCGAUGAUGAUAAAACUCGUCCCCUGGUGAAAUGACCCCCUCCCCCGCCUGCCCACAGCCUGGGACUCUCUGCGAUGUACAUAACUAUUUAAUGUAGCGGCGGCGGCAGCGGUGGCAGCCUCCCUCCGGAGGACUUAUAACAGAAGGAAACCGAGAUGCUUCCCGCAGCCGCCAGCGAUUCUCCAGGACUCUUUUUUACCUUGAGCACUUGCCUCACGAGACUUAAUAGAACACAAUGGUUUACUGUCCCCUCUCUUCCCAUCUCCUUGCUCUCUCUGGCUCUUUCUGUCUCCUUCUCGUCCCCCACCUUCCCCGUCCCCCCCUUAGCCAUCACUUCUGGGAAGUAAAGAACUUGACUUAGUGCUGGA